AUGAAAAGAGAGCCUCUGGAUGUCCUUACAGAGGAGAAAACCUUGUUUUUUUCUCAUGUUCCAGACCUGUACGCCCAAGCCUCUGGCAGCUUCAGCAUCUGUCCUAAGCUGAAAAUAGAUGAUUGUAACCCUACACGGCUCAGGUUGCAUGAGGAAAAAGUUAUUAAAGAUAGGCGACAUCAUCUCAAAACCUACCCAAACUGCUUCGUCGCAAAAGAACUGAUUGACUGGCUGAUUGAGCACAAAGAGGCUUCUGACCGAGAAACAGCAAUUAAACUCAUGCAGAAAUUAGCAGACCGGGGCAUCAUUCAUCAUGUGUGUGAUGAGCACAAGGAAUUCAAGGAUGUCAAACUCUUUUACCGCUUUAGAAAGGAUGACGGCACCUUCCCAUUGGACAACGAAGUGAAGGCCUUCAUGAGAGGACAAAGGCUAUAUGAGAAGCUGAUGAGCCCUGAACACACACUCCUGCAGCCCCGGGAAGAGGAGGGGGUCAAGUAUGAACGCACCUUCAUGGCAUCUGAAUUCCUGGAUUGGCUGGUUCAGGAAGGUGAGGCCACCACAAGGAAAGAGGCAGAGCAACUGUGCCACCGGCUUAUGGAGUAUGGCAUCAUACAGCAUGUGUCCAACAAGCACCCAUUCGUGGACAGCAAUCUUCUCUACCAGUUCAGAAUGAACUUCCGGCGGAGGCGAAGACUCAUGGAGCUGCUCAAUGAAAAAUCCCCUUCCCAGGAAAUGCAUGACAGUCCCUUCUGCCUGAGGAAGCAGAGCCACGACAACCGGAAAUCUACCAGUUUUAUGUCAGUCAGCCCCAGCAAGGAGAUCAAGAUCGUGUCUGCCGUGAGGAGGAGCAGCAUGAGCAGCUGUGGCAGCAGUGGCUACUUCAGCAGCAGCCCCACCCUCAGCAGCAGCCCCCCUGUGCUCUGCAACCCCAAAUCUGUGUUAAAGAGGCCCGUCACUUCUGAGGAACUCCUGACUCCCGGAGCACCGUAUGCCAGGAAGACAUUCACAAUUGUUGGUGACGCUGUUGGCUGGGGCUUUGUGGUGCGAGGAAGCAAGCCAUGCCACAUCCAGGCCGUGGACCCCAGUGGCCCUGCGGCUGCGGCGGGAAUGAAGGUCUGUCAGUUUGUCGUCUCUGUCAAUGGGCUCAACGUGCUGCAUGUGGACUACCGGACUGUGAGCAAUCUGAUUCUGACGGGCCCACGGACCAUCGUCAUGGAAGUCAUGGAGGAGUUAGAGUGCUGAGCGGGUGGCCUUCCUGGCACUUCGAGUGGCUGUGGAUGAGCAAAGCCAAAACAACACAACGCAAUGCAGUGACAAGACUUCCAUGCACAUGGAUGGCUCUGGACAUACAAACCUUUUCUUCGUAUAGACACAUCUUGAUUUGAGUUUCAUACACUGUUUUGAAUGUGGAAGAACCGGGUAAUACAUCUUAAAAACAGCAACUUAUGUCAGUGUAGAAAAUAUUUGGGACAGAAUUUUCUUAAUGGGUAGAAUUGCUUUACUUGAUUUCUGUUUGUAGUUCUCAUCCACUGUUUCUUAUUUUAAUUUGCAGAAAGUUGUUGAAAUGUUUCUCUAGCCAAAACAGCAACUCGCUAAAAUCUCCUUCGUAGGAGUCAAUAGAGGAGUUUUUACAGACUUUAAACUGUAUUCUCACCGAAAUGAACAUGGAACUGUUUAUUAGAGAACCUAGAUUUCACUGAGCUCCAAAUUAAAGCAACAGUUAAAGGAAUAGUACCUGUUAAUUAGCAUUUUGAAGGAGAAUCUAAAGCUUUCAAGAGCUUACAGCCAUCAAAAACUGGCUUUUUUCCCCUGAAUUCCUGCCUUUAGUGUCAACUUUAACUCAACAUAUGUUUUCAACUACAGCAUUAGUUAAAAAGCAAAAAUUCUGUGAUGAUAUGGGUGCCGUAGAUAGGGAGAUACUACUUAAACUUGUUUGCUUCAUUUUCUCUGUCUGAGCCAAAAUCAUUUGUUCUAUCAGCUAUAACAGCUUUCUGGAAUUAAUGCUGAAUGUGUUGAAUGUCAAAACAGAGACGUUUGUAUAUACACAUAUACUUCAGAAUCAAGCCUCUGACAAGAUUUCACUUUGAGGGUGUCCCUUUUUUAAGUGAAGUGUUCUAGAACUUGGCCCAUAUGUGGCAAAACUUGAAACUAAAUUGCCUUACUGGCCUGAAUCUUUACUAGCUUCCUAGUAUAACAUGACUAAGGACAUGACAUGCUACUUAUUUGGCGGGAAUAUUUUUCACCAAAAGCAAGUCUUGUGUUGUAACUUUUCAGCUCGCUUGUAUAUAUGCAUGUUUGUUGGGGUUUUUUUUGGUGUAGAAAAGAAUGUAUUUUGGGGCUCGGUGUAUAGAGGAAAUUCCUCCAAGUGCCAAAUUAAGGAGCCAGGGAAUGCUGAAUUCUUCUUCAUUUCAUAUAAUGCAUUAUGAGCAAUGAGGUUACUUUCUUAUUCUGUAUUAACAAAAUAAAAUAUGAAUGAUGUACCUCAGCCAUUAUUUUGUGAUAGGGUAUCAUAAUGUAUUGAUACUGGUAGAAUCAACAUACCAUGUUAAAGAUGCUACAUGUAUAUGUUUCUGGCAGUCCAACUUUCCUGAUCUGUAGUUUUAGAGAAUAGGAUUUAGAAGUAAGAUAGAAUGGCUAACAUUAAUGCUGCUGAUCUACAUUUGGGAACUAUUGUCAUCUCCAUGCAUACGAUCAUAUGUGCGUUUAUACUGUAUGCCAAUCUCUGUGCUAUCGCUCUUAACAAAUAUGAUCUCUUUUCAUCCUCAUCACAACACUUCCAGAUAGAUAUUAAUCAUCCUCACUUUGUGGUUGUGAAAACUAAGUAUGAGUAAGUUUAAAAAUGGUCUCUAAGUUCACCCAGCUGCAAAAACUGCUAAGUGAUAGUAGCCUGGAUUCAAACACAGGUUUAUUUAAUGUUACCACCCCCAGCAUUUAUCCCUGUAGGGACCUUCUGUUGAAGGCUUACUCUGUACCAGGUGCAGUACUAAAAUUAUACAUUGCUAACUCUUAUUGACCUGUGAGUCAAUGUCAUUAUCUCCAUUUUACAACUGAGGAAACUGACUCAUAAAGAGGUGCGUCUUAUCCCAAGGCCACACCACUAGUAAGUAGGAGGCCUUACCAUUCGGCUUUAAAAAAUGUUUAUAACAUUGUUAAAAGAUGAGUCUUAAAUACUUUCUGUCCCCAGGUAUUCAUUAAUUGACAGGAGAAGGACUGCCUUUUGGGAACUGGCAUCUUUUUCUUGCCUGCUACUUGUACAUGUCCUAAUGCCCCUCGUGUUGGCCCAGGCACAGUAUCACUUCCCUUUGGCCAAUCUAAGUACCAGAGAAGGGAGUGUCUGGCUUUGAUUUGGAGUGUCAGUGAUGUCUUUGGACAUAUGAAUACCAAUGUGAAGGAAGGAAGGAAGGAAGGAAGGAAGGAAGGAAGGAAGGAAGGAAGGAAGGGAGGGAGGGAAGUAGGGAGGCAGGGAACUGUUUUCUCCUUUGGCUCUCAUCACUCUCAGUUUAAAGGCCAAAUGCUAGAGAAGUCUAUUUAAGGCCAAGAUGGCUUCACCUUAGCCUCCCUCCAGUCCACCUGUGACAUCCUCAUGCUGUAAUUAAAGCAAAUGCUCCCACUCUAGGGAGCCUUCUAGCUCCCUCCAGCCUUUGCACCUGCAGUUUCUCUUCCCUGGAAUAUCCUUCUUUGCCUGGAAAAACCCUCUCUCAUUGACUCCCAUUAGCUCUUGUCUCCUCUGAGAAACCUUUGCCAGCUCCCUAGUUCUGGGAUUAACGCCCCUUCUCUAAAUUCCCAUGGACCCUCGCGCAUCAAACUUCUGUAAUUCCAGCAUUUACUUUGAAAUUGUCCCAUUACAUGUCUGCCUCGCUAACUACACUCUAAGCUUCUGCAGAAAAGGGACUGUGUCUUGUUACCCAGGUAUUCCCUUCACCUAGCCCAGUCCUGACACAGAGUAGUGUGUCCAUUGCUAUCCAUGUUAUCCAACGAACCACCCCAAACAUGCCUUAUAGCACUAUUUACUAGUAUGUGUUCAUGAUCUAUGGGUUAGCAUUUUAGGCAGAGCUCUGCUGGCAUGGCCCAGCCACUGCUCCAUGUGGUGCCGGUUGGGUUUACACAAACAUCUGUAGUCGGUGAAGAGUUGAUGGGGGGCUGGCUGAUCUUGGAAGAUCAUGCAUAUGUCUCGCAGUUGGCUGGGGUGCCUCAGUUCCGCUCCAUGUGUCCUUUCCCCACAUGAGAUCAAAGCGGGUGAGAAUGGAAACUGCCUGACCUUUAGUGGACUUGAUCGGAAGUCACACAGCAUAGCAUUUGGUUGUUCAAAGCAAGUCACAAAGCUAGCCCAGAAUCAAGAGGUAGGGAAAUAACCUCUACCUUUUGAUGGGAGGAGCUGCAAAGAAUUGGUGGCCAUUUUUCUCCACCAAGAGUAGGUACUUAUUCAUUAUUUUUUGAAUAAAAGACCAAGAAGUUGCCUAGUUAUUGAAAGACUUCAGCUAUCCAGAUGCAACUUACUGACCAACCACUGGGUAGAAGUAUAAUAUUAAGUUGUAAAUGAAGCCCAGUGCCUAAUGAAAACUUCAAAGUUAGAAAAUGCUGAAAUGAUAGUGCUACAUGGAGCCAUGGAGAGCACAGUUUAGUCUUCCUGUCCCAUUGAUGAGGAAGUAGGUGUGGCAUCGUCAGGUGGCAUGUCCAAAAUCACGAGGCUUGUUGGAUACAGCGCCUGGGCCAAAUACUGGUCUCCUGCCCCCCCCCCCCAAUCCUAUGUCCUUUCUAGUCUAGUGUUCUGCAGUGUAGGCUUUUAGCUUUGAGGUACUUAUAAAAUACAAAUGGUGCCAUGUAUCUGUGAAGGUGAGGGGUCUACAUUUUAAUUGACUCAUGUUGUUAAAUCGUAUCAUUAAAAAAAUAAGUAUUUUGUGUGGUGUGUUGACAGAACUGCUUUAACAUUUAGAAACUCCAUCCUUAAAUGUAACACCAAGAAUUAUUCUCAAUUAACAGUGAGCAGUAUUUCUAAGAACUUUUAUUUUAGCGUGUGUGUGUGUGUGUGUGUGUGUGUGUGUGUGUAGCAGUGUAUUGCGUGUGAGGUUUUACUCACUGAGAAUCCCUGAAAUGGCUUUCUUCGUUCCCAGAGAAAACACUGUUGAUAUGUUUGUUAAUUCUGUUGUAGAGAGAAAAAUGCGGUUGCCUUUUGGACUGAUUCUAUUGUUUGAUGCUUUAUUAUUAACUUCUGUUAAAUAAUUAUAUAAAUUGAUCAGGGGACUAGUUGAGAAAUGAUGGGUAACAUGAAGAAGAUACCCAUGUCUGAGUAGAUUAGAUGUGAUCAACUUCACAACAUCUUAAAGGAGAAUGUGUUGGAGUGGUAGCAAUGAAUAAUUUAAAAAUCAUUGCUUUCAGUUCAAAGUGAAAUCCCACAUUUUCAGAUACUCCUUCCUUUCAAAUAUGCUGUGAAAAUAAUCUACUUUCAAGGCCUAUUUUAAACUGGUGAUGUUAACUGUUCUCUCCUGUUGAAUAUUAAUCCCAUUUCAUUUUGUUCAUAAAUGAUCAGAAUAACUCUUCAGUUUUGCUGAUCGGUUAGAGUCUAUUGAUAUCAUUGACCAUAGUUUUACUCAUUAAGGCAGAAUUUAAGGAAUAAUAUGUUUUUCCUCAGUUCAAUAGCAACAGGACAAAUCUGCAGUGUACCAAAAUGAA